AUGGCCAGCACUGUUCCCGUUUGGACCGUGCAAGCCAUCGCUGCGCACGACGCGGCACUGACGAUGGGCGCCUACCGGGCGUCGCCGAAGCAUUUGGAGAACGGCGACUUUUGCAAUCCGGAGGCUUAUGAGUUCAUGGUGACGGAGUUGGAGAAGCGCGUAGGGCCGUGCCCUACAGACGUCCAGGAGUCGUGGAUUGAGCGAGGAGGUGCAGGAACACCCAAACCAGUCUGGGUUUGGUUGCAACCACCGUACGUGCCCGCUGCGGCCCGCUGUGGGCAACGCAACAUCCUGGUGGAGGCGGCGGUGCGGAGAGAGGACGUGCUGGGGAGUCAGUUCCAGGCCUAUGAUCAUGUCUUAAAUGAUUUUCCAUUGGCCAUUUCGGAAGCCGAAGAUGACGAGUUGGAUGCGCUCAAGACAAGCGCGCCCGAGACCUGGAUGCAGCGGAAGAUCGACAGCUGGCAGCGCAUUUUCGAGGUGGAUUGGCAGGGCGAGACCUACAGCCUAGCGCGGGGCGAUGAGGCCACGCUGCAGGGCGUGUUAUGGCAACUGCCUUUGAGCUGUGCGCGGCGCACGCGGCGCAUGUUGGAACUGGGGCGGACCAUUGGGGCGGAGGUUCCAAGGCCAGCUGAAAUCCCCAGCAGAUUGAACUCCUCCUGGCCCAUGUUGAGCUGCAGUGCACGCAUCUUCCGUCCCCAUGGGCUCGUGUGGAAAGGGAUGUCACUGGGGCGAUGGAUGGCGUCCGCACCCGCGUGGUGGGCCAAGGGGUGGCCCCGAGAACGGGUGGAUAGCCUGGCGGAAGCGGAGCUGCUGUCGCAGCUGGCCGUGGCGUUGAAGCCGCGGACGAAGAUUGGUGAAGUGUUUCGGAGAUUUCCGGCACCGGAAGGGUGGUGUGGAAAGUAUUUGGAUCCAGAUCUGGCGGUGCAUGGAGUGUUGAAGAGAAAUGGAGCCCUCUUUGUGGAAUAUGAUGGAUACUGGCGGCAUAGUGAGGGUGAACGGCUUUCGACCGACCUCAGGAAGAAUGCAGCCUUGUUGUCAUAUGCCCCAGCAAGUUCACGUAUAGUCCGCAUAGGCCAUUGGGAGCGAAAUCCAACAGAAGCACAUCCUCGGAUCCUUUGGAUUACCGUUGAUCAAUGGAAUGCGGGCAGCCAAAAGUCCAUUUCAAAGAUCUUGAAAACGAUUUUGCUUCAGAUUCUGACUGAAUUUGACGGCUGUUUGCAACCACACGUUUCUGUACGCCUUCAAAAGCUGGCCCAGAUGGAGUUCAUGCCAGCUUCGACCGGGGCCCGAGACUUUUGCACUGCAGCUGCAGCUGCCGCUGGUCGAUGCACUAAGGAGGAGCUGUUUGAUGUCUUGACGAGUCAUGGUUUCGCCUGCUCAAGCAUCAAACGUCUGACGGAAAAUUCCCACUUGCUCAAAUUUUCAAGUGAGAGGCAAAUAAGGCCUGGAGUCAAUUGGCUAUUCAACCUUGGACUAAGCGAUUAUCAAGUUGCAAAAGCACUUUCUCUUUCUCCGCAGAUCCUUGGGUUGAGCAUUGAAAACAACUUGCAGCCCACAGUGCGUUGGUUCAGGGACUUGGGACUCACCCAGAGUCAAGUUGCCAAGGCAGUUACCGCUUUUCCUCAAAUUCUUUCUUACAGCCUUGAGCAGAACUUGAAACUGACCUUGCAAUGGUUUUUAGACUUGGGGCUUACCAAGAGUCAAGUUGCAAAGGCAGCUGCCACUAGUCCUCAAAUUCUUGGUCUGAGCAUCGAGCAGAACUUGAAACCCACCGUGCAAUGGCUCUUGGACUUGGGGCUCACCAAGAGUCAAGUUGCCAAGGCAGUUACCGCUGUUCCUCAAAUUCUUGGUUACAGCCUUGAGCAGAACUUGAAACUGACCUUGCAAUGGUUUUUAGACUUGGGGCUUACCAAGAGUCAAGUUGCAAAGGCAGCUGCCACUAGUCCUAAAAUUCUUGGUCUGAGCAUUGAGCAGAACUUGAAACCCACUGUGCAAUGGCUCUUGGACUUGGGGCUCACCAAGAGUCAAGUUGCCAAGGCAGUGGACCAUUAUCCCCCAAUCCUGUGGCUGAGCAUCGAGCAGAACUUGCAACCCACCGUGCGAUGGUUCUUGGACUUGGGGCUUUCAAAGAUUGAUAUCGCCAAAAUGGUGGCAAGCUCGCCCCGCAUGCUUGGAUUCAGUGUUUCGGGAAACUUGAGCCACAAGGUGUCAAUGCUCCACACCUUUUUCAGCCCGGAGUUGACCACAGCACUGAUUCGCAGGUGGCCACAAAUACUUGGAUACAGCUCCCGGCGAUUGUCCAAGCGUUUGAGCAUUUUAUCCGAAAGGAAUGAGACUCACAGGAUCCUUUAUGCCAUCACACUGUCUGAAGCUGCUUUUCAGCGACGCUUCUUGGAUCGAGCUGUAGAGGUGGACUACCCUGCAGAUGGCCUCAGCGUGGGGGAAGAUGUGGAGAUGACCGCGGUCUGGAUCUUCAGCCAGGCCACGCUGCCGCCGCUGCACCUGCGCCUGCACGUGGUCGCCGUGGCCGACGGCGGCGCAGCGGCCACGGCGGGGGUGGGGAAGGGCUGGACGGUCACCUGUUUGCUUUCGCCGGUGGAAGAUGAGGAGCCCCUGCCUUCGUUGCCGUUGCAACGCGGCGUCAGCACCGGCGUCCGCAAUUUCGUCCGCCCCAAGCGCGCGCCGCCCGCGGCGGCGCAGCUGCUGGCGACGCUGCGGCAGCUGAGGGGCGUGCAGCUGGUCUUCCAAGCACCGGAGGAGGAGCCGGACUCGGAUGACGAGCUCUACGACGAAACGCAGGAGAUUCCUGAGACGCUUGGCGUUGGGGGAGGCGACUUGAGCUACGAUGAUGAGGUGGAGUUAGUGGAUGAAGCUGGAAACUACCUGCAGCAACUGCGUCCUCAGAUGGGCGGUCGAAAUCGCAUGCGCAACGUGGGGCUCCACACCAUCGAGUCGGGGAUCUCCAGAGAUUUUCUCCAUCGUUGGUAG